GUGCUCUGCAUAAAGGUUUCAGACAUUGAGAAAUAAAUGAUUGUUUUGCCAAAAAUGACAUGUUGGAUUUUUUUUUGAGAUGAUAAUUGUACAAGAAAAGAGAAAUGACACUUUGUGCAUGUAUUAAUUAAAAGAUGAAGUUAGAAAUACGUCAGUAGAAAACUUGCAGUUUGUAGUGUAAAGAAAUAUUUAAAUUUUCGUGUGGUUAUUGGAUACAAAAGGACAGGGGAUAUUAAAGAGCAUUUUGUCUUAUAAAUCAAGUGGCAAAUCGUUUUCUUAUUCGAGAUAAAGAACUGAUAGUGCAUAAGCUGAUAUGAAUCAUUAGUCAUUCCUUACCGCACUAUCGUAAAAUUUUGUUCUUACCUCGGAUUAAAGAAGUUUAUUAAGUAUUGAGCCGAUUGUGAAUAAAACUGCAUUAGUGUGUUAUAAGACGUGUUUAUUUUGAUUAUGCAGAAAUUUAAUUUGGACUGAAGGCGGUUUCGGUUGUUAUAAUUGGAAGAGGAAAAUUAACGUUUAAGUACUUCAAAAGUACUUACGAUUGAUUCAUUGGGAGUUAUAUAUGACUAAUAUUUUUAAGUACUUUUCUUGUAAGAGAUUUAUUGAACAAAAAGGAAGAUAAAAUCAAAGGAAAAACUGGACCAAAGGGUUUUACAAUUUUCUGUUUCACAGUGACUGGAAUAAAUGGGAACUUAGACAAGUCUUAGAUUCGGAAAAGAUAAAAAGCUGUGCUUUGUUUGUUUACAUUUAAGUUUACCCUUGAGCGAUUUGUUGGUUAAAGUCUGGACAUUUUAUCUCGGCAAAACUUACCCCUAAGUCAUACAUUUUGGCAAGGACUUUUUGAAUGAAAAAAAGUUUCUUUAUAUCAUUAAAUGUUGAAGGUUUUAGCCCAUUGGCUAUGAGACUGUAAAUAUUGUAAAGUGACGGUCACUUCUUCGUAAAGCUGGUGUGCGUAACAUAGUGUCGGGGAAUAAAACUAACGUUGUCAUUUUAUUACACUAGUGGAUCGUAAAAUUUUGUCAGCGGAUUUUUGUGGUUAUAGACCCUUAUACAAAGUUACCAAGGAUUGUAGAUAUCAUGUCAAAGGGGCUUGUCAAUAAUUGUUUACUGUGAUUUAUAUCGUGCUUAUAGCCCUUGAAAGUGAUUUUGUUAUAUGUCAUUACCUGAAAUUACAUAGAUCGUUUAACACUUCAGGAUUUAAUUCGAAACUGUACAUUUUGGACUUACUGCAGCUAGUAUAGAGUGGAGAUAAAGAUAUUGAACUAGCAUGUGAUGAAAAAUAAUACAUAAUUAUAUAAAAGCAUGUUAGAAACUCUACUUUUACAAAUUGACUUAACUAUAUUUGGAUAUAAUCAAUGUGUCGGAUACUUUAGUUUCAACAGAUAAAAAGAAACGAGAAAGGAAAAAUGGGAGCCAACAAUUCAACUGACGCAGCGGAAUUUCGCGCAAAAUUUGGAACCCACUACACUGAAGGAAAACCUAAUAUCCCAGAGGGAAUUCCCAAAGUCACAGACAUUACCCAUAAUUCUAUCACACUGUCAUGGUUAUCACCGAUGAAUUCUGGGAGGAUCUUAGCCUAUCAAGUAGAAUGUUGUAAUUUAAAAGACAGAAAAUGGAGAAUCAUUACGAGUACUUGUCAGGGAACAACGUACCAUGUGAGAAAUCUCACACCCGAGACUCAAUACAUGUUCCGAGUUAGAGCAGAAAAUAUGUGUGGACAGAGUAAGCCAAGUUAUUCAUCGGAAGAGAUCAGAACAAGACCUGUCCCUACAAAUUAUCUAGAAGAAAAACCAGUGACAAAAUUGGUACGGCGACACAGUCACUAUUUAAAGCUGGACAGUGGUCUUAAUAAUCUAUUGAACAAAACUGAAGAAGAUCAGGUGGAUGCUGGCAGUAACGUUGGAAGUAUUCCAUUCCGUCGCAAUAGUAUGCGUGGCUCUUUACCACCGGGUUUCAAAACCAAAAGAAAUUCUGUGACUAGUUUCUUACCCGGUACGAAGCGGGAAAGUAUGUGUAAUUUUAAAGAGUCUAAGAAAUCGUUUGAGGAAUCAUCAAUUCCUGAGGAGGAAGGUUUGAAUCUGAAACGUAUAUCUACUUCAUCUACUGAGGCAUCAAGCUUGUUCUCAUCCAAUUCAAUGACUUCUAUUGUUGAAGAUGAGGAACUUCGGAUUCUGUAUGGACAGCAAGAUUGUCAAAUGUAUAGUGACAAUGAUGAUGCUUACUCAACUACAAACUCACAUGUAACAACUAGCUCAGGGUUUUCUAGUUCGAGUUCUCGAUCCUCCCAUAGUUCACACAGUCACCAAACCACCCAUAAUGCAUUAGCUCAUUCAUGUCCACCUGUCAAUGAAAAUGAAAAUAUUCUCUCUGCAUCAAUAACUGAUGACAAUAAAAUGGAUUAUAUUACAAACCCAGAGAAAAAUUUCAGUAAAACUCGUGUAACUAGUGCUACCAGAAGAACUAAAUCAGUUAAUCCCAAUGCAGGAAAGACAAUAUUUGAAAUAUGUGAUAACGAAAAUGAAAUAUGGAAGGGGCGAAUUGAAAAUCAAAGUCCUGAAAGUAGUUCUAACAACAACGAAAGUAAUGUGACCUACAUGAAUCGAAAUAAUUUAGAUUUGCGCUCGAUUCGGAAUAUGUUAAACUCUCAAGAUAUUAUGGUUAAAACAUUGGACUCGAACACGUUAGAUAAUGUCCGGAGGUCCCACUGUGCCAUUAAAGAGACAGACGAAGACGUAACUGUAGAUAUUGUCUCUACUAUUUAAAAUGUACAUAAAUUGUGUUGCCAUGGUUUUCUGUGAUUACCUGAUAGAAAUAUAAAUGAAGCAUAACUCAGUUUCUGAGACUAAAUAAUUGUGCUAAAAGAGAGAUAAAUUUAUUGACAUAUUGAGUGACACAAGAUUUAUUUUUGCAGCUUUUCUACAAAUGAAUUUCAUAGCCAGGCAGACUUUAUUGUCGUUUUAACAUCAGUUUACAUUAUUUAUAACAGACUUUGGAUAUUCCCUCCAAAUUUUAAAAUUUUUUAUUUUACCCACCAUUAAAAUGUAGUGUAGAUAAAUUGUUCUGAAGUGAUGUAAAUUUCAUUCUUUAGUCUAAUAAGGAGUUGCUAUGUAAAUGUCCAGUUAGAGGUAAAUACUGAUUCAUAAUAUAUUUCAAAGCUUUAAGAUCUUACUUAAUUAAUAAUUUAUUAUUUGUUAUCUUUCCUUAGUAAAACUUCCUAUAUAUUGUCUCAUUUUAAAAAACAAACAAAAGACACCAUGUGUUAAAUGAUAUUAUUGUUCUUUUUACUUUGUUAAAGGGAGGUAAUGAUAUUUAGUGUGCAAAGAUUGAUCUCCCUUUAUAGUGUUGUUUAUUGUUAUUGGUGCUAAUUUGUUAACCAAAUUUCACAUCCAUAAUAAAAUAGUUAACAUAUUGA